UGCCUUUGCAUGGCUCACGCUGGUUCGCUGGUUCACGUGUUUGUUAUUUCGAUUUGGUUAAACUACCGAUAACCUUAAUGCUGGCAUUUUUAUAUUUUUGCAUUGACAUCAAUUAAUAUUCGAUUAACAAUUUUGAUACAAGUUUUGCAAAUUAUUCCUAGAAUUUAUGGAUUAUCUGAAGACGUAGCAAGUACUUACAUGGAAGCUGCAACACAAUGACAAUCCCAGGAGGUAAAGUAGUCGCUAAUUUGCGACAAAAAUUUGUGUCUCAGAAAGCAAUACGAUGGUUUCCCGGGCAUAUGACAAAGGGUUUGAAGCAGAUGCAGCAACGAUUAAAAAAUGUCGAUUGCAUCUUAGAGGUUCACGACGCACGGGUACCAAUUUCCGGACGUCAUGCGGAUUUUAGUAGGACUUUGACAGGCUUGAAACCACAUAUACUUGUAUUGAGCAAAAAGGACUUAGCAGAUACAAAAUAUUCCGAAAAUAUUGUCUCUACAUUGAAUAGAGAGGGUCUAUCCAAUAUAAUAUUUACAAAUCUCAAGGAUGAGAAAUGUAGGAACAUGAAGAAAAUCUUACCUUUAGCCAAGAAAUUAAUAUCUAAUUCAAUGCGUUAUAAUAGAGCGGAGGAAGAGUCUUAUUCCAUCAUGGUUAUUGGUGUGCCCAAUGUUGGAAAGUCCUCUCUAAUUAAUCGUUUAAGAAGCAAUCACCUUAACAUGGCCAAAGCUACUCAUGUUGGCGCAGAAGCUGGCAUCACACGUUCUGUAUUGACUCGCAUAAAGAUAUCGGAAGACCCAACAGUAUAUCUGUUUGAUACACCUGCAAAGAUGUUCGCCAGAGUAACGUUUUAUCCAACCUUGUUUUACAACAUCAUUAUGGAAAAAAUCACUAUGCGAAAUUGGUAUGAUAGGAUAGACGAAACUGUUAUAUUGGGCGCCUUACCGUUCCGGCGAACGGCGAAGCAGUUAAUUGAUAAUGAAAAUAUUAAGGCUGUUGUAUCUAUGAACGAAAAUUAUGAGUUGUCUUUAUUAUCUAACACAGAGAAGGAAUGGCGCAGACACAAUGUAGAAUUCCUACAAUUAUCUACAACAGAUAUCUUUCAAGCACCCUCUCAGGAAAAACUUCAGAAGGGUGUAAAUUUUAUUAAUAAAUUCCGCACUGUAUCAAGUAAAAAACUGGGUAAUCCACCAGGUAUUAUUAAUGGAAGCAAUCAACCUGGCACAGUUUAUGUUCAUUGUAAAGCAGGAAGAACAAGAAGCGCAACAAUGGUCGCAUGCUAUUUAAUAAUAAAAAAUAAUUGGACGCCCGAAGAAGCAGUAAAUUAUAUGCGUACAAAAAGACCACAUGUACUGCUCCGUACAGUACAAUGGUCUGCGUUAAAACAAUUUUAUGCAGAACAUGUACAACCAAAGUUAUAAUCAAAGUUUUAUAGAAAUAUAUAUAAAUAUAUAUUAAUAAUUUUAUUACAUUAUUUAUGCGAAUGGAGAUAAUGUACAAAUGGAUAAAUAAAUUUUGAUCAUUUAUUUUUAUUAGAUAGAUACAACAUUGUCCAUGUACAUCAUAUGUAUUUGCUAACUUAACAUAGCAAAGUAAGAAUGAAAAUGUAAAAUGAUCUAUCAUAAAUAUGAAUUAUUUCAA